UGUUUGUAAUACGCUCAGAGCGGAGGCAAGAGAAACACUGCAUACAAAUAGCGCAGGAUUACCGGGUCCGUUCCGUCUCACUCGUGGUGACAGUUCCCGCGUCCCCCAAAUCUCGGGGAUAAGCGGUCGGGCGAAGCAACAGGCCAAAAACAAUUAGUCCCAACACAAUCGUUGUCGCGGAUUCACGGUAGAAAUUUUAAAAGUUAGAAGGUAGUGUUUUGUAGUGGUGUUUUAUGUCAGUGAGAACUGGGUGAUUUUUUCAAAUAAACACUGUGUUCAGUGGCCAAGUAGUGCCUUAUUAUAACAAUGGCACUAAAUCAAGACGAAGCUAAACAAGUUGUAAGAGUUGAUCAAGACUCUGAAACGGACUUACAAGCACUAUUUGACAGCGUUUUAAAACCAGAUUCAAAAAGACCUUUACAGGUGCCAUGGAGUAUGCGAAAACUCCCGGAUUCGUUUUUUAACCCGCCGUCUACGGGAUCAAAAUCUAUAAAUCACUCUCGCGAAAAUUCAGUGGAUUCUGCAUUUGGAGGUGGUGCUACAGGUGCCACCUCCGUGAAUUCCGUACCCUUACAAACUGCACAUCAUAGGGCACAUAGUUCUCCAGCAUCUCUUCAACAAACGUAUGCCGUAGGGCAGCAACAGGCACCCGUUCAUCAUAUAAAACAAAGAUCUUACGACGUGGCUAGUAAAACAGAAGAUAAUACCCCCUUGCCUCCCGGAUGGGAACAAGCUCGCACCCCAGAAGGACAGGUGUAUUAUUUAAAUCACACGACACGCACAACGACGUGGGAAGACCCUAGAAAAUCACUAGCUGCACAAGCUGCUGCUCAACAACACCAAAGUGCCGAGCAACUAUUAACUGCACAUCAGAUGUCACAUCCACAAUCGCCUAAUUCUAAUACUACUGCCAAAGUAAAUACAGAUGUAGAUUUAGGGCCGUUACCUGAAGGAUGGGAGCAGGCACAAACUCCCGAAGGGGAAGUUUAUUUCAUAAACCAUCAAACACGUACAACUUCGUGGUUCGAUCCUAGAAUUCCAACACAUUUACAGCAACGUACAUCGGGUGGUAACAUUAUUGGUACGUCGUGGCACACUCCAACGCUAUCUUCUUCACCUGCAAAAGCUCAACAAAUUCGGUUACAGCAGCUACAAAUGGAAAGAGAACGUUUGAAACAGAGGCAACAGGAAAUUCGGCGACAACAAGAAAUCAUGAUGAGAAGUUCUAGCGAUUUACCAGUUAUGGACCCUUUCCUAUCCAGUCUGACUGAUCACUCACGCCAGGAGUCCGGCGAUAGUGGACUUGGUAUGGGGACAACAUAUUCUAUGCCACAUACACCGGAAGACUUUCUAGCCAAUAUGGAUGACACUAUGGACGUAGGUAGUGAAAGUCAUACUAUGGACACUCCAGACAUAUCCACGUUAAGUGAUAAUGUCGACUCCACAGAUGAUUUAGUGCCUACCCUUCAACUUGGAGAAGAAGAAUUCCCAAUGUUAGAUGAUAUGCAGUCUUUGAUAAAUCCACCAACUACAAGACCUGACAACGUACUCAUUUGGUUGUAAUUUAAGUGCCUAAGACCUGCUCACGACUUUCUGCAGUUUAUAUUGUUAGACCAAUCUCAUGGUUCGCUUAGGUAAAUUGUUCAUUAAUAUUUUUUAUAAACUGCUGUACACAUGAAACAAUUCUGUUCUAGAACUUCCUCUAAAUUUAAUAUGUUUCAUAAUGAAUGAUAAUAGCAGGCAUAUAUCAUAAUAUCUUUCCUAUAUUAUUAUUUUACACUAUAUACACAUUAAUACUAUAAUAUAUAUUAAGUAUAUUUUGAACAAUAAACAUUUCAAUUGAAACAAAGUUGGUUUUUUCAAAAUAUUGAUUUUAUGUAGGAGUGCGUACUAUAUUAUUAUGUUUAAAACAAGGUUGAAUUACACAAUUUAUGAGUGUAAAUAUUUAUAUAAAUUGACUUUCUUUCUAUUUGAAACCAUUCAAAUAGUUUUCAACUCAAUCCUAAAACAAUCAACUUGUUUUUUAAAUAAAAACAACAAAGUGUAUCAGUACUGUUAUGACUAAACAAAAAUGUAAAUGUUCAUUUUGAUUUGGUAUAUUAUGCAUUAAAAAUUUUGGAAUUAUGAAUUUAAAUACUAAUGUAAAUAGGGGUGGACAAAACUCCAUUGCGAGGAAAUUGCAUUUCGCUGAAAUGAUUCAAGGUACAUGGCAAAUAGAAACGUACUUAAUUGUUUUUUAUAUCACAAAAUAUGCCUAUAAUAACUUAAUACUAUUCACAAAAUUCCAAAAAUAAACUGAAACUUUUCUUAUUUAUUUAUAUUCUUUGUACUGAAAUAAUGAAAAUUAAAUUUUAAUCGCAUAAUUUGAAUUAAAAAGUCAUUGAAUAGUUUAAAAAGCAGCUGUAUGCUACAAAGAAAUAUGUACGACCCUGUAUAUAAAUUUUCUGAUACAUAAAAAAACGAUUCAAAACCUAAGUUCAUUUCUGAAGAAUGAUUACGUAAAUAUAAAUUAAAUUUUGAGGAAAAACUAUCUAGACAGAACACAUUUGUUUUGGCAAUAUAUCAUGUAACAAACAGCAAUAAUAUUUUGAUAUUUUAUAAAAAUGUUAAGUAUGAAGUUUUAGCAUUUGUAAUAUUGUAGUUUUGUCACAGUUUAUGGGAGCGUUAUUUUACUGUUGGGUAUGUUUUUCAUACAUAUAUAGUUUUUAAAUAUCAAGUAAGCUAGUUGUUAACUUAUCAUUAAUUGGUCUACUUACACUUGAUCAAAAAAUAAUUUUAAAAACGUGUUUGUCUAUUUUGUAGUUUUUUGGGCAAAUCAUAUUUGCUUGAAAAAUAGCCCAGACAAAAUUUGUAGCUAACAUUAUUUGAAAUAGAGAAAAUUUCAUAAUAGGUCAUAAAAUAAUUAUGUAAGAAACCUGGGGGGGGUUUUGCUCAUCUUUGGGAGAAAGUAUUUAAUAAGUUAAAAUUAAAUAUUAGAUAGCUAGUUCUAUUUCAGAUGCAGAAUCAUGUACUUCAUUCUAUAAUGUACCCUUUCAUUAAUCUUCUUAUUUUACAAAGUUUUAUUUUUGAUUGAAAUUCCAAAAUUCAUUUUCAUCUUUUUUUAAUAAAAAUAUCAUACCGUAAAAUUCUGAGUUGUGGUGUAAUGUAAUUACAUAAGAACUGACAGAGUAUCUUAAAAUUUUACGUACCCUUACAUGGAGGUUAGGCAAGGAGUUCAAUAACACCCAAAACCAUCUUUACAUAAUUAUUGAAUGGUCUCUUACAUGUUUUCAAAAUAACUUAAUUUUUAAAUUUAAAUAAUUUAAUUUCUUCAUUAUCUUUAAUAUUCAAAUGAAAAGUAGGAAAGCUUCUAAUCACUUUAUAUAUUGUUAAUUUAAACGAAAAAUACUUUUUCAUUGUAAAAGUGUUUUUUUUAAAUUGUGAGUUCUUUUUCUUUGAUGUUGAAUAUUUGACCCCAUAUUGACUGUAAACUUUUUUUUUAUUCCAUUUCUUUAUAAGAAGCUUUAGUAUUUUAGUUAGACUGUUUUUGUUUUACAAAUUCAGCUACACUUUGGAUUUUAUAUUUUUAUUCCACUACUUUGUAACUUAUUUCUGUGAAAUUGAUAAUUGUCUGGUAUGCUAUUAUGAGUUUGUAUGUUGUUUCAAACAGAAUGCUGUAAUAAUUUGAAAAACUACAGAUAAUAACAACAUAUAAACAAGAAAAUGAUUAUAUUCAGAUAAUUAGCAACGAAAAAAUUAUAAAAAAGAUUUUGAAGACCCUUGAAAUGCUGAAAAUACUACUUGCAAUAACAUGUUUGUAUUUUCAAGAGGGUAUUAAAACUACGUUCACUAAUAAAA